AUGCACGUCUCAAAGCUCUUCAUCGUCGGUGCCAUCGUGACGGCCGCUGAAGCCUUUACAUGUGCCAGAGAGCUUUUCGGACAAUGCUACUUUGUCGAUGGCAACCCAGUUGGCCAGCAACAGCGUUGUGCUAUCAAGUGCGAAGACAAGUUUGGCCACGUCAACUGUGUCUGCCCGGACUACUACCCCAAGAACGACGAAGGAUGGCCUUAUUCUGGCAAGCAUGAGUGCAUUCCUGUUGAAUUUCAGACAUUUCUACCUUGA